GAUGGGGCUCUUCUUUCUCAAACUCUGCAAAUGUUCCAAUGAAGUUACGCUGCUACAACUGUCAUGAACAAGGUCAUUUGGCAAGGAACUGCCCUAAGCCCAACAACAACAAAGACUUUACACCUGCGCAUCCUGCUCCUCCAAAUCCUGAAAGGGCUCUUGUGACGACAAACGAUUCAACUGCUGCUGGUGAAGGAACUCAGAGUUCAGCCCUUGUUGUUCAACCAAGUGCAGAUUUCAAUUGGGAUGAUGAAAUUCAACGUCUGAACAUCUCACAACCAGAAAUCCAGAGUGCUGCUCAAAACAUAGCGUUCAUGACUUCAGAUGAAAAGGACUCUUCGCCAGAUGCUGAGCCUCAAGCUGAGAACUUUGCAUUCAUGACCAAAAUCCUGUCAGCUCCUGUUCAUGGACUCACUGCUGAAGAGAAAAAGUUGAUGUGAAAUGUGAAGAGACACUUGGGGGAGAACAAGUUUUAAAUUCUGAUUCACAAAAACCUUGUUUUGAUGAAAAU